AUGUUAUUGGGCCUGGUGUUUCUCUGGUCAAGCCCACAUUGCGGCUCGUCUUCAGCCUUCCGGACUGCCUGCUUGCUCUGGUGCCAGAGCAAGCAGACGGCUGCGCACAUUCCAGUUUCUGUCACCUCGGUGUGUUGCGUUGCCAACAGCUCCUUCGGGCCUUGCGCACAUGAAGACAGCGGCCGAAUGAAAGUCAAAGCUGUGGCCAGGGCGGUUGCCAGUCGCAUGCGAUGGAUUCUGGAUUGCAUUGCGGAUUUGGGACGUGCCUCUAGUCGAGAAAUCACUGCCUGGAGAGCGAUGUGGCCGAGAGAGAUGGCAGUAGAAUCGCAGGUCUCGCCACUGAGUCGACCUUGUGAUCCACGUCUGCCUGCUGUCUUCUUCAGCUGCUACGCUGUUUUUAAGUUCCAACGAGAGGGGCACUCUGCCCCUCCACUUCGACGCCGCUGUGAGUUUGUGGUUGCCAUAGCUUUUCACUUGUUGCGUUGA